AAAUAUGUUAUAAUUGGUAAUUGUUUGCAUCAAUUGCGAUUCGAAACCAUCACUAGUCGGGGGUGUUCGAUGACCAUGGGAGCAGUGGCGUCGGCGGGACAAGACGGGAGAUCGAGGAGGGGCACGACCAUUGUUGAACGUCCGGCGGCGCCAGCCACUAGCCAUCACGACUACUACCACCAGUACGACACCGUUACCACCACCAUCAUCAUCAUCAUAGAUGAGAACGGACAACCACCAUCGUCGAGAAAAUGGGAAAGCUCUUCGUGAACAGCGAAACUUUGUGGAAAGUUAUGGGGCUCACAUCGGCGACGAAACUGACGCGAGAAUUCCAUGGAAAAUUACAGAGAAUAAAAUUGAACGAGACGGCAGCGAGACUCGUGCACUUGCACGAGCAUGCAUACCUGAGCAACCGGAUCUCAUUGACUCCUUGACCUUCGAGUUUAAGAAGCGAAGUUCCCUUGACCUCAGAAUAAAUAAACUGACGAAACUACUCUCCUCACUGUUGGUUAACACUAUGGAAAGCGAACCGUGUCAUGACUUUUCGCUAAGUCUUUCAAAGGCACGUAGAAUAUUUCUAAGCGACAGUCUCUCUCUUCUUUUCCUACUCUAUAAGUUUUAUCUUAUAUCACAAAAUGCUCCAACUACAAGUACGGUCUCUUCAUUAGCGUAGGAAAUAUUGAUUUUGGACGUAACUUUAGCAGCAUAAUUAACCGGAAUGUUUGUUUUAAAUCAUUUAGGAUUUUCUAACAUAGUAAUUAUAUGUGUUCAUAGAUAUGCAUGUGUGUUCAAUGAUUCAACAUUGAUUUGAAUGAAAAAAUACUAAUUGACAGGAUCGAGAAUGACCGUUUAACAAAAAAGAUACAUACGACAAACAUUACAAAGACAACAAAAUGUUUAUUUACAUUUCAAUAAAGAUUAACGAGCUAAUAUAAAGGCUAGCUAAUCUUUUAAAUAUAUGAUGCGGGUUACUAAUUAAAGACUGUCAGAUUUUAUCGACUUAAAUUUAACA